AUGGCUUCCGUACUAUCGACUCGCGCGGUCAGGACCGCUUCCUGCUCCGCAUGCCGCUCCCUCGCUCGUCCCAACUCGAUCGCAGCCGGUCUCCUUCCGCGGCGAGGACUCUCGACGGCCACCGAAGAUGCAGCAGUUAACCAUGCGGACAAGCCCCGGUGGUCGUACACGCCGCCUCGUGCCAAAGCGCCGUUCUCCUUGAGACUCAACUCCAACCGCCCCGAGUUCCCCGUGAACUCUGACCCCAAGGUUCUGGACCGGUUCUACAUCCUCAUGCUCGGAAACGACGGUGACAAGAUGCUCUCGGAGGAGACCAAGUGGCUCGCAGUGACACACAAGAGUUUCGAUCAGGGCCGGAGAGGUUUCAAUGACCGUUUGGCCUUCCUGGGCAAGCGUAUUGUUCAGCUGCAGGCUUCGUUGGCUCUGGUUCAGAGUCCUAGCAACGCUGCUAAAUCUGCCACCCCCGAUGCGUAUGGCCGGGUCCCCUUCACUCACCCGGCUUUGGAUAGCCUGGACAACCUCGACUACAACACGAAGAGCUUCCUUACGAGCAAGACGAAGCUGUCGGAAUUGGCUCACAAGUAUGACAUGCAGAGAGUUGUGAGAUGGUGCCCUCGGAAGCCCAACAACCUCGAAAGCUCUGGAAUGGACCUCGUUCUCGCCCACACAAUGUACGCUGUGAUCGGUGCCAUCUCCCUGGAGAAGGGCAAUGCUGUUGCGAACAAGGUGGCCCGUGAGCGCAUAUUAGCACCUCUGGGAUUUAAGAUCGCGGCUUGA